GUGGAAGAACUUCCGGGUUUAGUCCGAAUAAUGAAAAAACUAAGGUGGCUACCGCCAUGUUUCUGAAUGGAAUAUCUGUGGAGCAUUUAUUGCAUUUUUAAGAAAUUAUCGUCAUUGUAGAAUUACUUACCUGUAACUGUCGGUUGUAAAGUUAACCGUAAUUUUGAGUGUUUAUGUUACGCGCGCAGAAGUGUAAUUUGUAGCAGACUACUCCUUCUACAUAACUACAGAACUGCGCAAUGCACCAUGGAGGAGGACCACCAAAUGUCCAGCGGCAACUACAGCGAUCGAAACCCACGGCCAGCUCAGAGGCUGAGGAACAGCAGCAACAGCCCCUUGCGGUUACCCAGCAACAGCAAGGUGCCACCAACCACCCACAGUCACCAGUGACUUCGUUCACUUCCACCACCGCCACGGCGAGUCCCUCAGCCCCGCAGUCCCCCAAUUACCAGAUCAUCAUGAGCCGCAGUCCAGUGACAGGCCAGAACAUGAACAUCACCCUGCAGAACGUGGGCCAGAUGAUGACGGCCGCUGGCAACCAGCAGAUCACCCUUACGCCCCUGCCUCUGCAGAAUCCUGCGUCGCCGGGCUUCCAGCACCAGGCCCCGCAGUGGCGCUUCGAGGGCACCUCCUCCUACAUCCAGGUGACCUCGCCGCUGCCCCAGACCAUACAGCCCCAGAGCCCCACACAGCACAGCCCUGUGUCCCUGCAGGCGGUGCCCCGGCCUGGAGCUCCGGCGGCCACCGCGACCACGCUGGGGGUGUGUGGACAGAGCCCAACGCGGUUCGUGGAGGCCGGCAUGCUGGUCCGCCAGAUCAGCCUCGGGAGCCCGAACGCGAGUGGGCACUUUGUCUACCAGGACGGCACAGGGCUAGCACAGCUGGCCACACCCACCACAGCUGGCCAAGUCCAGCUGGCGUCGCCCGGCGCGGCUGGGGCGGCACGCGAGAGGAGACUCUCCCAGCCCCAUUCCCAGACCGGAGGCACCAUCCACCACCUGGGGCCUCAGAGCCCCGUGACGACGGGCUCCGCUCUCCAGACCCUGGGCAGCCCUGGCCACAUCACCACCUCCAACCUUCCCCCACAGAUCAGCAGCAUCAUCCAGGGCCAGCUGGCGGCGCGCCCCAUGAUCUUCGAGAAGCCCGCUCAGGGCGUGGUGGCAGCUGGGGCUACCUCGUUCGGGGUGCCGGCCCCCAUGCCUCCCUCUAGCCCGUCGCGCUCCAACCCCUCGCAGGGGCUCCCCAGCAUGCCCCUCACACCUACUGGAGCCAUGAGGAAGUCGGCGGCCAAGAAGCUGGAGGAGAUCGCGCCAGCCACCCCCGAGGUGGCCCAGCUAAGGAAACAGUGCUUGGAGCACCACGGGAAGAAGAUGGACGGCCUGAAGGAGGUCUUCAAGGAGUACUUGAUCGAGCUGUUCUUCCUCCAGCACCUGCAGGGCAACAUGAUGGACUACCUGGCCUUCAAGAAGAAGCCGUGUGUCCCCCUCUUCACCUACCUGAGGCAGAACGACCUCGACCUGGAGGACGAGGAGGACGAGGAGGAGCAGUCUGAGGUUAUCAACGACGAGGUGAAGGUCGUGACCGGAAAGGACGGACAGACAGGGACUCCAGUUGCCAUAGCGAAGCAGCUCCCGCCCAACGUAUCGGCUGCCUUCUCUGCUCAACCACAGCAGUUCCAGGUACAUCAGGGGGUGGCUGGGGGCGGCAUCUCCAACCCCGUCGACAUCGAUGCCUUAAAAAGGCAACAGGCCAUGGUCCAAGCAGAUCAGGCUAAGAGAUCCCGGAUUGAAGUUGGUCGCCAUGGGAUGAUAUUCCAGCAUCCUGUAGGUCCUUUAGGAUCGCCUGGCGUGCCACUCCAGCAGCUUAUGCCAACGGCGCAAGGCGGCAUGCCCCCUACCCCCCAGAUGGUGCAGAUCGCCGGCCAGAAGCCCAACCAGCAGCAGUACGACCCGUCCAAGGGCCCUCCCGUGCAGAACGCGGCCAGCCUGCACACGCCUCCGCCCCAGCUGCCGGGCCGCCCGCCCCAGAUGGGCCUUCCCCUGGCCCUGUCUCAGCAGCAGCAGCAACAGCAACAACAGCAGCAGCAGCAGAUGGUUCUGGAGGCCCAGGUGCAACCUGUCGCCGCCCUGCAGGGCCAGAUAAAGGUGCAGGGGCUGCAGGCGGCGGGGGCCGUGCUGGCGGCGGUGAACCCGCACACGCAGCUCCAACAGCAGCUCCAGCAGCAGAUGCAGCAGCAGGGCCUGCACAUCCAGCUCCAGCAGCAGCAGAUCCAGCAGCCACAGGGCAUGCUGCAGCCUGGACAAGCGACGGUGGCUCUUGUACGUCCAUUGGCAGACCCUACGCAGGCAGGCGGCCAGCGUCUGAUGACCAACUCCCUGCAGGGCUCCUCUCUCUCCCCCGUCCCCCUCUCCACGCCCGGCUCCCUGUCCUCCCCGCUCGCCUCCGCUGGGGUUCGUCCUGCCAACGCCCUGUCCAACCCCGGCCAAUCCAAGCUGGCCACUGCCAACGGGACGUCCGCUCUCAAGAUCUCCGCUGGGGCCCAGGGUUCUGCUGGCCAGUCGUCCCAGGAGAACUCCCAGGACAAACAAGCCGAGCAGGCCAAACUGGAGAGCCAGGUGCACCAGCGCAUUGCAGAGUUGCGUAAAGAGGGCCAGUGGUCCGCCAGCCGACUGCCCAAGCUGCAGGAGGCUUCACGGCCCAAGUCCCACUGGGACUACCUGCUGGAGGAAAUGCAGUGGAUGGCCGCAGACUUCGCCCAAGAGAGGCGAUGGAAGAUGGCUGCCGCCAAGAAGCUGGUGCGCACAUGUGCCCGUUACCAUGACGAGCAACGAAAGACGGAGGAGCGGGUGAAGAGGGAGGAGGAGCUCCGACUUCGUCACAUCGCUGGCGCCAUCGCUCGGGAGGUGGAGUUCUUCUGGUCCAACAUCGAGCAGGUGGUGGAGAUCAAACUGCGCUUUGAGAUCUAUGAGAAACAGCAGAAGGCCCUCCGGCUGCAGAAAAAGAGUAGCAAAGGGCCGAGCACGAAAGCGACGCCUUCACCAAAGGAGGAGGAGGAGAAGAAGAAGGAGGCUCCAGCUGAGCAGCGAUCUUCAGGCCGAAAGAGAAAGACCAGCUCCUCCUUGACUGAUGAAGAAGUGGAAGACGAAGAGAGCACCAUAGAGGAACAGGAGGCCAUGGAGGUGGAAGCCGACCAGAAGGCCGAAUUGGAAGACCUCACUAAAGAUGCUGAGGUGCCCCUGGAUGUGCUGGUGAAGCAGUAUGCUGGAGCGUAUGCUGAAGACUUUGAGUGGCCACAUCCUGCCUCCCACAGUGAGGAUGAGGAGAAAGAGGACGUCGAAGAGAUGGAGGCGCCCCUGGGCAGCCCCCAUGAGGCGGUGCUGAUUGACUCGCUGCUGAGCAUGGAGCAGUACCGGGGGACCGAGAGCACCUCGUCAGCCGCCACAGACGGCAGCAAACCUCCCAAGGACAUCGCUGAGGUGGCCUCCGCCACAGAGCUCAUCCUACCCAAAGGCCAGGCCAAAACCAGCUGCUCGCGGUUCCAGCCUCCGUCCCUGCUGCACGGCUCGCUGAGGGACUACCAGCAGGUGGGGGUGGACUGGCUGGCCAGCUUGCACAGGAAGCACCUGAACGGGAUCCUGGCUGACGAGGCUGGCCUGGGCAAGACCGUGCAGACCGUGGCCUACAUGGCCCACCUGGCCUGCAAUGAGGGCAUCUGGGGUCCCCAUCUUGUGGUGGUGCGCAGUAGUAAGCUGCUGAGUUGGGAGAUGGAGUUCAAGCGCUGGUGCCCCGGCCUGAAGAUCCUGCUCUACCUGGGCAGCCCCCGCGAGCGCAGAUACACCAGAACGUGGUGGUCGGAGGUGAAUAGCUUCCACGUGUGCAUCACGUCCUACAAGCUGCUGAUGAAGGACCAGAGUCACUUCCUGCGUCGGCGCUGGAGCCAUCUGGUGCUGGAUGAGGUGCAGCUGCUCAAGAGCAUGAGCGAGAAGCACUGGGAGACAAUCUUCACCAUCAAGAGCCAGCAAAGGAUCCUGCUGAUUAACAGCCCUCUGCAGAACACGCUGAGGGAGCUGUGGACCAUGAUCCACUUCCUGCUGCCCGGCAUCACCAGAGCCUACGCAGACUUCCCCGUCAAGGCCGGCACCGACCAGAACCAGGACUACUGUCACAAGCUCGUCAUCAGACUCCACAGGAUGAUCCAGCCAUUCAUCCUGCGGCGCUCCAAGCGAGAGGUGGAGAAGCAGCUGCCCAAGAAGUACGAGCACAUCCUCAAGUGUCGCCUGUCCGUGCGACAGAAGAGCUUAUACGAGGACGUCCUCACCCAGCCCAGUGCCCAGGAGGCGCUGAAGACGGGCCACUUUGUGAGCGUGCUGCAGGUGCUGAUGCAGCUGCAGCGGAUCUGCAACCACCCGGACCUGCUCCAGACACGGGACACACGCAGCUCCUACACGUGCCAGCCGCUGGUCUACAGCACCCCCUCUCUGCUGCUCGACGCACUGCAGCGAGACCAGCGCGAGAGCUUGGACCUGUCCUUGUUCGAUCUGAUCAACAAUGAGAACAAGCUGAGUCGCUAUGAGACUGAGGAGGUCAUCCCCAAGCUGAAGGUGACCCGGCAGCUUAUCGAGGAGAUCCACAGCGCCCCAGAAGCGCCAGCCCGACCCAAAGCCUGCAAGAUCAAACCCAUGAAGUUGUUCCAGCCUGUGCAGUAUGGCACCAAGCCCGAGGGCCGCCUGGUAGCCCUGACCGGCACCAGCCCGGCCCACCGGACCACGGCCAGCACUGCCGCCCCCACCACUACCACCGCUGCCACCCGCCACCCCCCGGAGCCACGGCCCAGCCCAGGGGCAAGUCACCGGUCACUACUACAGCCUCCACACAGGCGGUUCAGAUGGCCUCCUCCUCUUCCUCCUCUGCCCCUCCAGCGGGGCGGGGGGGCGUCCCACUCCCUGCCCCCCUCCCCACGGGCGCUGUCCCACCCCGGGCGAUCGCCCCCUCAGGCCCUGCAGCCGGGCCUGGUCUCCCAGAGGCUGGUCCUCAGCUCCCAGGCCCAGGCACGCCUGCCUAGUGGAGAUGUGGUAAAGAUUGCCCAGCUGGCGUCUCUGGCGGGUGCCGGUGGUGCCGCGGGUGGUCAGGGCCGUGUGGCCCAGCCGGAGACGCCAGUCACCCUGCAGUUCCAGGGCAACAAGUUCACGCUCUCGCCCAGCCAGCUGCGGCAGCUUACCACUGGCCAGCCCCUGCAGCUGCAAGGCACUCUGGGUAACAUCCUGCAAAUCGUCUCGGCUCCGGGCCAGCCGUUGCUUCGGCCGCAGGGCUCCAUGGUGAUGCAGACGGUCGCCACUCAGCCGGUGGCCGUGCCCAACGCCACCCCGGGCACCCCGGGCACCCCUCCGCCUGCCUCCGCUGCUCCCGCUGCUGCUGCCGCCGCCGCCGCCACCUCCACGACCACACAUCCAGCAACAGGUACCCUCUCGGCCACCACUAAUGCCACCAACUCUGCCCCUCCAGACACUGCAGCCAAUGGCAAGACCCCUACCUCCACACAAGCCAUGCAACAGGAGUCGAGCGAGGAGCGCCUGCAGCUCUCUCGGGAGCGCCUCACCCGCCUGCUGACCGUUAACGAGCGCCGCUGCUCCCGCUCGGUGCUCUACGGCCGCGACCUCCUGCAGGCCUGCUCGGCACUCUCCCACCGCCGCCCGACCCACGCCGCUGCCGCCUCCGUGGCACAGCCCCAGUGGAGCUGGGUGGGCAGCACCGGCUGCCAGAGGGCCCGCCAGACCUGCGUGGGCACGGUGGCGCCCCUGCGCUCGGCCCUGCUGUCCCGCACGGACAGACAAGAGGCCGGAGAGGACGUCACCAGAAGGUUCUCCUGUGUGGUUCCUGCUGCUGUAGCCCCUCCUCCACAGAUGUACGCAGCCAAUCCGCCGGCUCCCUACAGCCUGGAGCAGAAGUCCCUGACGCGUCGCCUCCAGGAGGCCGCUGCGGCUCACUCCUCUGACAUCCGCCGGGCGGCCUGUGUGCCUCUGGUGUGUCUGCCCGACCGGCGGGCCCUGGAGGUGGACUCAGGUAAGCUGGAGGCUUUGGCCAUCCUGUUACACAAGUUGCGGGCGGAGAACCGGCGUGUGCUGAUCUUCACCCAGAUGCUGCGCAUGCUGGACAUCCUGGAGGCCUUCCUGGACCACCGCCUCCUCACCUACGUGCGCGUGGACGAGAGCCUGAGCAGCGAGGAGCGACAGGAGCAGGUGAAGAGCUUCAACCGGAACCGGCAGGUGUUCUGCACCAUCCUGACCAAUCGCUGCUGCUCGGCCGUGGGGCCCGUGCUGGACGCCGACACCGUGGUGUUCUACGACACCGACCUGAACCCCAGCAUGGACACCCGCACCCAGGAGUGGUGUGACAAGAUCGGCCGCUCUAAAGACAUCCACAUCUACAGAUUGGAGAGUGGGAACUCCAUAGAGGAGAAGCUGCUGAAGAGCGGCACCAAGGACCUGAUCAGAGAGGUGGCAGCCCAGGGCACAGACUACACCCUGGCCUUCCUCACCCAGCGGACCAUCCAGGACCUGUUUGAGGUGGAGGCGGGCUCGGGGGAGAAGGUGGAGGAGUUUGUGGUGCUGCACCAGGAGCCGUCCGCAUCGGAGGCCAUCUCCCCCCGCGUGGCGCGCCCCUACAUCCAGGCCCUCAACCACAUCAGCCUGGAGCCCACGCUCGCCGACACGGAGGAGGAAGAGGGGGCGGAGGAAGACGAGCUGGAUGAGAAGAAAGAAACGCAGCAGCAGCAGGAGGUGAAGAAGGAGGAAGCAGAGGAGGUGGAGGAGGACGUGAAGGAGGACGCCUUGCAUUUGGAGGAGCUCACUGCGGUCAUGGACCAGCUGACGCCCAUAGAGAAGUACGCCCUGCACUACCUGGAGUAUCUGCACUGCAGGGAGGAUGAGAAGAUGGCCCAGGAGCGUAUAGAGAGUGCCAAGCAUGGCUGGGAGCUCGAGCAGCAACAGAAGCUGAAGGUGGAGCAGGAGGAGAGGCUGAUCAUGGAGGAGGAGGAUGACCUCUUCACUUACACCAGAGAGGAUGCCUACAACAUGGAGUACGUAUUUGAGCAUGAAGACGGCCAGACGGAAAUCAUGCCACUGUGGACCCCACCGACACCGCCGCAGGAUGAUAAUGACAUCUACAUUGACUCAGUCAUCUGCCUGAUGUACGACACUGCACCCAUGCCAGAGUCCAAACUCCCACCUGUAUACGUGCGCAAGGAGCACAAGAGACUCAAGAUGGACCCAUCUGCGGUGGGCCGUAAGAAGAAGAAGGGGCACGGUGAGGCGGUCAUCCCGCCGCGUUCCCUCUUUGACAAGGCCAGCAUGCUGAAGGUGCGUCGCGAGGGCAAGGAGCAGAAGAAGAACUUCUCGCUCAAGCAGCAGGCGCCCUUCCCCAAGCCGCUGCCUGCCCUGGUCAAACCGGCCGCCGAGGCCGGACAGGACAACCCCGAGUGGCUCAUCAGCGAGGACUGGGCACUGCUACAGGCUGUGAAGCAGCUGCUGGAGCUGCCGCUGAACCUGACCAUCGUGUCCCCGGCUCACACCCCCAACUGGGACCUGGUGAGCGACGUGGUCAACUCCUGCAGCCGCAUCUACCGCUCGCCCAAGCAGUGCCGCAGCCGCUACGAGAACGUCCUCAUCCCCCGUGAGGAGGGCAAGUUGAUGUACGAGGCUAAUCCCAAGAAAAAGACCAAGAGCAUUUAUAAGUCCAAGAACAGUCGCCCUCUGCGUACGUGCCAGAUCUACACGCAGGACGACAACGCCACCCACAUGCAGCUUUACAGCAGCCGCUUUGAACUCAUGAAGAUCAUCGCCAGCAAGAGGAGCCCCCCAAUCAAACCACUACUGGGUAUGAAUCCAUUCCAGAAGAACCCCAAACAUGCCUCUGUCCUGGCAGAGAGUGGGAUCAGCUACGACAAGCCACUGCCCCCAAUCCAGGUGGCCUCACAGCGAGCCGAGCGAAUUGCCAAGGAGAAAAAGGCCCUCGCCGAACAGCAGCGGGCCCAGCAGCUAGCACAGCAGCAGGCGGCGGCGGCUGGAGGCCCCCAGGCCGGCGUGGUCCAGCCCCAGGUGCAGGCGGCUGGGCAGGUGCAGGCGGCGGGAGUCCCUCCGCAGGCCGCCGUGGCUGGAGCAGCCGCCGUGCCGAACACCGCAGUGCUGGCUGGAGCUAUGAAAACCACUGGAGCUGGCGCGAGCAUUACAUCAGCUACAGUCGCAGGGAAUGUGAUCGUAAACACCGUGGCAGGAGUUCCCGCCGGGCAGUUCCAGGCCAAUAAACGCUUGGCCUCCCCAGUCAUCCCGGGACCUCUGUCUGCGGCGGGUACGGCCACGGCUCAGGUGGUGCACGCGCAGCAGAGAGCCGUCCCAACUGCAGCUGCUCCCGCAGAGGUCGCCGCCAUAGCAACCGGCCACGUGGUCCGAGCGGUCACCCCAGUAACCGCCGCCGCAGUCGUGUCGACCAAUCUCACCCCGGCCCAAUCACAGACCCGCUCGCUGGUCACUCCAGCUGCAGGUAUGCAGCUGCCUCAGGGGAAGUCCAUCACUCAGGCUCAUCUGCAGAUUCUCAGGCAGCAGCAGCUCCAGCAACAACAGCAGGGAGCCUCGCCUCAGAUCAAAGCUGUGGGCAAACCACAACAGGCUGAGCUGCUUAAGCUGCAGAAGCAGAAGCUCCAGUUGGCGCAGCAGCAACAGCAGGUGGCAGCUGCUGUAGCAGCCGCCCAGGGUGCCCAGCCCGGCGCCGCCCAGCAGCAGGCCCAGCAGGUCCAGGCCGCCCCCUCUGCCACCCAGGCCAACCCCCAGCUGGCGGCCGUCGCCGCACCUAGACCCGGGGCCGUGCUGACGGGCACCGUGGCCAACCUGCAGGUGGCACGCCUGACGCGUGUGCCAGCCCAGGGCCAGCUCCCGGCCCAGGCGGCCCAGACGGCGCAGGUGGCGCUCUCCAAGCCAGUGGUGUCGGUGCCCGCUGUGGUGUCCUCCGCUGGAGUCACUACCCUGCCCGUCACUGUGGCUGGCAUCAGUGUGGCCAUCGGACAACCCCAGAAAGCAGGUGGCCAGGUGGUGACUCACCCGUUGCAGGUGCAGCAGGUUCAGCAGCUCCUGCGGCAGAAACAACAGCAGGCCGCCGCUCAGGCAGCCGCCGCCGCCCAGCAGAAAGCUGCCCAGCCCCAGCAGAGCCCCGCCGCCUUCCAACAGAAGUUGGCCACGGGGCAGGCAGCCCAGGCAACCCAGCAGCAGCAGAAGGUGGCGUAUGCCGCCACCACGCAGCUCCAGCAGCCAAUCAAGACGCAGUACUACACCACCAUCGCCCAGCCCCAGAAGAGUCCCGCCACACAGCAGAUACAGGUUGCUAAGCUUCCCCAGAUAGUACAGCAGCAAACCACAGUAGCCAAUAUCCAGCAAAUAGUGUCCUCUCCCCAGCAGAUCCAAGCCCAGCCACAGGCGGUGACCCUGCCUCAGGCGGCGGGGGCAGCUGCCGGCUCGGCGGUGCAAGUGAUCCCGGCCGCCUCGGCCGCCGCCGCCGCCCAAGUCGUCCAGCAGAAGCUCCUGCAGCAGCAGGUGGUCACGGCGACGGCCUCCGCCUCGCCACAGAUGCAGACCCCGCCCCAGCACAGCCCCGCGCAGCAGGGUGCCACGGCAACCCAGGCGUCUGCCGCGGCAACCUCCGCGGCGGCCGAGACCCCCGCCCAGGCAUCGCCGGCCCAGGGCAAAGGUCAGGGACGCGGCGGGUCAGCCGUGCGCUCCAAGGCCCCCGCCAAGCCCAGCGGAGGCAGCUAGAGGAAACCCUUCAUCCUCGUCAUCCUCUUUCUCAUCUUCAUCACCAAGGAGCAGAUCUCCAAGCAGGAGCAUGAAGACACAUACAGGGUUAGGCCGCAGGUGGACCACUCACAGUGGCCUACAGACGGGUCUCUGGCCCAUCUGAGAACUAGCGCGCACACACACACACACACACACACACGUGUGCACAAACACACAUAUUCCAGCAGUAGGGAUACAUGUGCUCAUGGACCAUUCACCUGGUCAACCAGACGGACUCAACUGGCCUUCCCAGUCUUUGUGUUGUCCUGGGUGGAGUAGUGAGUGGAGCAUAUCCAUGGCAGAUAUUCAGUAUGCAGUAGAGCUGCGCUCACCCACAUGUGGGUUGGGAUGGUUGUAAGGGGGUGUGUUUGUGUGUUUUAAAGUUUUUGUCAUUGAGGGUCCAGGUGAGUGUCAGUCCCCUGGCCAGUAUCACUCGCAUUAACUUUUUAUCCCCACACACACACACACACACACACACACACACACACACAGCUUUUUUCUCUUCAGCCUCACUCUGUUUCUCUGUGUGCAUAAUUCAGCAGUCAGGACCUUCCUUCUGAUGGUCCUCUCUAAUUUCUAUUGUGUGUGUGUGUGUGUGUGUAUGCGUGUGGCGGUGUGUACACACUCCCAUCAGAUCAAAGCGCUCCCAGUGAUCAUGUGAAGGUGUGGUCAGGGCUCUGGAGUCACAGAUCCUCUGGGACAACUCUACUUGUUAGUGUGGCUCAACUCGCCAUUCAUGGACUAUUCAUAUAUUUGCAUGCAACAACAAAAAAAGAGAAAAAGGAAAAAAAAAAGGAGAAUGACAUGGAAGCUUCUAGAAAGUCUCUCAAAGCUGGCAUAGUCACACCUAGCCGCCCUGUCACACUUCUGUGUUUUUGUUGAUAAUUUUCUAAACUUCUAUACUAUUCUAUAAAAAAAGAAUCACCCCGUUUUUCUUUUUCUUUUUUUUCUUUUUUUUUUUAAUAACGGCUCCAUCACCAGGAACAGGUGUGGUGUAAUUUGAUGUAGCAGAAGAAGCGUUUCCCUUCAUAAAUAUGUAAUAUAUAUAAUUCCUUAUUGAUUAUUGUCGUGUGGUAAUUGUAAUAUAGCGGAUUGUGGUUUAGUAUGUCUUGCAGAAGGCUAGGCCGCUAACGCUAGCUUUGAGAGACUAUGGACGAUGACCGCGGUGUGUUCACGUCGGCAUACCUCAGAAUGUGUUUUUUUUUUUUUUUUUUUUUCCUCUUUGUUCCUCCCACCGUUGGUGGGACUAUGAUCUGUUGAGGGAUGUCAAAAUGGGGUCUUGCCUUGCUGAUAAUCUGUUAUAGUGGUUGUACUAUAAUCAUACAUCGCAUCACCAGCUUGUACGUAAGAGAAACUGGAUUAGAAAAUAUUGCUUGUUUUGUUUUCAUAAUGUGACCGUUCAUCAACGACUCUUUCUCCCUUUAAAUAUCUGCCAUGAUGCUUUUUUUAUCGUGUAUCUGAUGUGACACUGUAAACUUGUAUGUAAACAUUCUUCAGUGUAUGGUUUCCGUUCUAUGUCCUUUUUAAAAGCAGUUGAUAUGUGUAUGAGUGUGUGUAUACGUGCGCAUGUGUGUAGGUGUGGGCAGGGCAGACAUGUAAAUAAUGAUGGCAAAACAAAAAAUCAUUUGUACAUGUAAAGUAGUUGUGUUUUCAUUGGAGUUUUUUUCAGCCAAACUGUAUAAAGUGUUUUCAUUUUUAUACACAGUCA